AAUGAUCGCCCGGCGUUAACAAACCCCGACAUAUUUUCUGUGCAGUCGCGACCGAGCGUCACUUCCAUCGUGUGUGCAACGCCACUCGCACGCCCACGCCCACGCCGCCACGCCCCUCCCAAUGCUGCGUCGCCAGCUGUCGCCAGCCGCGCAGUGGCACAGAAGGCCCGUCUGCCUCUUCUGCGCUGCCCGCAGCCAGACACGACUAAAAUCAGUCCGAGCCGCCCCAUCCAAAUCCAAGCCAGUCGCUCCCAGAAAAGUCGUCGUUAGGAAGAAGGGAAAGAGCUCCGAUAGCCAAGAGGGAAAUGUCAAGGCGGAGGAUGGAUCAAAGUCUCUCAUCGAGGCCCUCCUGGGUGACAAGAGGGCGAGGAGGCAGAAAAGGGACGAAGAACGAGAGUCGAUCCCCAUCAGCGAGAUGUUCCCCGACGACCUCAACUUUGAAGAGAUCAAAGUCAGCAAGCCACCCGUCCCCAUGCUAUCGUACGGUCUCGACCGCGUCCUCUUCAACCCCGGUGUAUAUCGCCUGCAGGACCCACGCUCACGGGUGUACAACUUCGAUCCAUACCUCGAGAAGAUUAUGCCGGCGAACGAGUUCGACUUUGAAGCGUUGAGCGAAUACAAGACGUCCUCCAAGGAUGAGAAUCUGCUAGCGUUGACAAAGGAGAUUGGCACAAAGUUCACAGGCUCUACAUCGAGCAUGUCGAGCAUGCUUCAGCACUUCCAUUACGUCCUCUCAAAUUUCCGCAAACUGAACCACGGCAUGCUCUCCCGCCAAUUUCCUGACCCUACGCCCAGAUUCUCCAGAAUCACGCUUGGCCCCAGUGCCGUCUUCCUCCGAUACAGGGAUGGUAUCUACGCUUUGGACGCCGACAAGUCUUAUGAUAGCCCCAAUAUCAUGAGCUGGCUGGGUCACUCGCUAGAGAAGCUCCUCACAACCGAACGCAGCGAGUUCGAAAAGUUCCGAAGAUCAAACCCAGAAAAGGCAACCGUCGAGAAGGAGGCUGGUCGUUGCUACCACUAUUCGAAGCAGGGCAACAUCCUGAUGCGCUCGCAGCUCGAUGCAAUCGAUCCCCGGUUACCCGGAACGGGCGUCUUUGACUUGAAGACGCGAGCUGUUAUCUCGAUCCGCAUGAACCACAAGGACUAUGAAGAGGGCGCGGGCUACCAGCUUCGUCACAAUCUAGGCGAGUGGGAGUCGUUUGAACGCGAGUUCUAUGACAUGACGCGCGCGACCAUGCUGAAAUACUCCCUGCAAGCCCGCAUGGGACGCAUGGACGGCAUCUUCCUUGCUUACCACAACAUUGAGCGCAUCUUCGGCUUCCAGUACUUGAGUCUCUCCGACAUGGAUGCUGUCCUCCACGGCCAGCAUGACACGGUACUGGGAGAUCAAGAGUUUAAGCUGUCUUUAGGUCUCGUUGAUGAAAUCCUUACCAAGGCCACUGCUGCAUUUCCUGAAACGUCUAUUCGGUUGCACUUUGAAGCGCGCGAAGGCAAGACGCCGUUCAUGUACGUGUUUGCCGAGCCCGUCACCGAGGAGCAAGCAGACGAGAUACAAAACGCUGGAGAGGCCGCUCAGCAAGAGUUUGCACGACGCGUUGUUGGUAUUGGAAAGGACGAUCCUGAAGCUCAAGCCGCUUGGCAAGAAGCUCAAGACGACGUUGACGAACAAGUCGGUGCAGAUCAGGCCCCACAGGAACCUAUAGCACACGAAGAGGAACCUCUGACCAAGAUCAAAGAGUCUCCUGAUGACGUUGUCGAGGAAGCUGUCGAGGAGCAAGAAACGAUUGCGGAGCCUGCCGAAGGCGAAGAGGCCAGCGCGGAAGAUACCGUGCAGCCCACAUCAGCUCCCAAGGAACCUUUGAUGGGCUGGACGCUGACUGUCCGCAGUCAGGUCAACGGAGGCUAUGUGGACCGACCAGAGCAGCUGAGCGAGUACGAUGACUGGAAGCUUGAGUACCAUCUGAAAGAGAUACCUGCGGAAACACGUUUGAAGCUGUACACAGCGCUGAAGGCACGAAGACACGACCUUAUCGGACAAGACGAGGAAGCGGUCGAUAAGAGUCUCAAGCACUACCGUGAUGUCAUCUCGCGCUACACCAACCGUGGACGCAAAUGGAGAGAGGAGCAAGACAAGCUCAAUGACGCAAAGGGUGUGCAGAUCUUCCGACCGCUCGGCCCUGGCUCAAACGCAAAGGUCGUGGCGUCAGAUUAUGAACUUACGAAAGGGACUGAAGGUUCUGAAAAGACCGAGGUCUCGCAAGAGCAGGCAGCGGAGGAGCCCUACAGUGACGAAUCGAAGCCAAACGAGUCGCUUUCCAAGGACAAGAAGGAGGAGGUACUGGAUGGCUUGCCCUCCGUGCCGUCAUAAGGGCCAUGAUAAAGCUUAGGAUCUGGCGUUCUUCCCCUACCCAGGGUCUAGAGGGUAAAUGGUUACAUGAUUGAACGUUCUAAAAUAUAGAUGUAAGAGUAUAUGUACAAUUAGGGUUACGGCGGAUUCGAUACCAGGGAGUGAAUAGAUGAGAACGAGUAACGUCUUAAGCAAAAUCCUACACAUCACUC